UCUUAUAAAGGCAUCGUUUCUGAAGUCAAGUCUCAUUCAUAUACUUCAAAACGCUUUACAAACCAAAACCAAACUAAACCAACUAAACUACUAGUUCUGUUUAACACAAUGGCUUCACAGCAAGAGAAAAGAGAGAACGUUACUGAUGAACGUGAAAUCAACCUCGAGAAAAAUAGAGUUCCCCAAAUGGCUAGCCAUUUUGAGUCACUAGCUGAGAAAGUUCAAGGUGCAGCCGAUGUCCAUCCUGCAGGUCCUGGUGCUAUUCAUGUCAAGAGCACUGUUACUACUGAUACUGAUCAAGGGGACAAAGGGGAACAGUCUCAACAAAUGCAGCAAGCUCAAAGGGAGAAGCAGUCUUCUACUGAUCAAGCUAAGAGUUCUGAGAUUGUUAAUCAGGGGAGAAGCCAACAGGGAUUUGAAGAGAGACCAGGUGGCGUCAAAUUUGAAGUUCUUGGCCAAGAACAAAAGGGUUCAGACACAGGCAGAGAAACCCAAAUGCAAAAGCAGGAAGGUGAAUCUCGUGGCCAAGGCAUUAGUUCCAUGCAACAAAGUAGAGGAGUUGGUACAGGUGGCCAACAAGAGACAGAAACACAAGCAAGUGGCCAAGAUGAAAGCAGAGCAGGGGGAGUAACUCAUGGUACUACAGAAGAGACAAAAGGUCCAUCUUUGGAAGAAAUAUCUCAAUACAGGGGCACAGCACAACAGAAUUCCAUGGAAGCAAUAAGGGCAGCUGAAGAGCGCUACGAGAAGGCCAAGGAAAAGGGCGCCUCCACAUUGCAGAGUGUUAAAGAAUCGGCAACUCAUGGACUUGGCGCUGCAGGUACUUAUUCAACAGAAAAAGGUGCACAAGCUAAAGACACUGUUACUCAAGGUGUUCAAAAGGGAACUCAAUAUGUUGCUGAAAAAGCUGGAGUGGCUAAGGAUACUGCCCUUGAGAAAGGCCAACAAGCUUAUGCUGCAACUAAAGAUACCCUUUCAAGCGCUGGACAAACUGCAGUACAAUCAGCACAACAAGCUAAAGAUUAUGUUGCUCAAAAGGCAGGGGAGACUAAAGAAUAUGUUGUCCCAAAAACAGAGGAGGCUAAGGAAAUAGAAGCUCCUUCCCCAGUGGAGAUAGCUUCAGUUGCAAAAGAGAGUGUUCAAGAAAAGAGUAAGAGUGCAACAAGCUAUGUAGGAGAAAAAGCUGCUAAAGUUAAAGAUGUAACAGUGGAAACAGGGAAAGGUGCAGUAGGAUAUGUAGGGAAAGUAGCUGAAACAGUGAAGGAAAAGGCAGUAGUGGCAGGUUGGGGAGCUGCACAUUUUACAGCAGAGAAAGCUGCAGAUGCUACUAAAGCAGUGGCUGGAGUUGCUUCUACUGUUGCGGGGUAUGCGGGAGAUAAAGCGGUGGCGGCGAAGGAUGUGGUUGCUGAUGUUGGGAAGAAAACAGUUGGAUAUGCAGAGGAUAAGUUGGUUGCAGCAAAGGAUUAUGUAGUUUCAGCUGAAGAAAGUGCAGCAGAGUAUGCAGCUAGGAAAAAGGCAGAAGCAGAGAGAGAAUUAGAAGCUAAGAGAUCACACGACACCAAGGAAGAAACAAAGGUGGAGGAAAAAGAAAGCGGAGUCAAACCAAUGGAGAAAGUUAAAGAGUCCAUUCAAGAAGAAUCAGGAGGAGGAGAGAAAGGCAAGCAGUUGGAGGAGGGAGCAGCAGUGGUAUUGCAAGCCAUUGGCGAAACUAUAGUUGAGAUUGGGAAAACAACUACUGAUCUUGUUGCUGGCCGUACCAAGGGGGAGGAAUCAGUGGGAACUGAAAAAAGUCAACCACAAUAAAACAGCUUGAGAUGGAUAUUCUGAGCAUUCCAGUUGGUUUGAAUUUAGCAUUAGAUUUUGAAGUUCGUUUUGGUUCUGUUGAAGGGUGGUUUGCUUGAUGUUAGAUUGUCAAAUAAUUAGCGUAAAUGCAAUGAUAGUGUAUGUUUUUGUCGAUAAUAAUAUUUUAUGAUGAUACCUUCUUUGGUGUGACAAAUAGCCACUUAUUCCCGUGUCUUGUAUCAGUCCUGGAUAAAGUCCUUUUCCGUGGGGAAGUUUUAUGCAAAAGUUGAGGUGAUAUAAUAUA